GCACCGAGCACGGUAUUGUCACCUGUGACAAUAAUUUAGAAUCUUUUUGUUGAUAAAGAAGUGAUAAAGAAGUGAGAAACAUGAGAAACAAUUUUUAUUUUUAUUCGAAAUUUCUUUUUCACUGAAAGAAAAAACAAUAACUCAACGAUUAAUUAAUAAAGAUUUAUAAAUAUUCAUUACAAUGAUAAGCAUAAGCAUUGUAAAAUAUAAAUACCUUGCGCUAAGGGUACUUUUUCUUUUCAAUGUAUUGUCAAGUGUACAUAGCCAACUUUUGAUAAAUAUUCAAAAUCAGGGUGGAGAAGUUAUACAAGAAACCAUUACAUCGAAUGUGAGCGACGACUUAGUUACACUAGAAUUUCAAAGAACUGAUGGUACACUUAUAUCGCAAUUCAUCGAUUUUAAAAAUGAGGUGAAGGUUCUAAAAGCAUUAGUAUUAGGAGAAGAAGAACGUGGACAGAGCCAGUAUCAAGUUAUGUGCUUUGUGACCAAAUUUAUUAAAGGUGACUUCAUUUCUGCCGAUGCAAUGUCAAAAUUACGUCAAAAAAAUCCAAGUACAGUUCGAAUACCGGAAGAAGAUAAAGGAAAGGAAACAAUAACAAUGACAUCAUGGAUACAUUUAAAUAAAUCAACGCCAAUUACAAGACAUUUGUCAGGAUUGUGUUCCGAAGCAGUGGAUGCGACGUUCGUGCGUGAUAUUGAUGUUAAAUCAUGGGCAGAACUUCCAGGAUCUUCAAUAUCGAGCUUAGAAGCAGCUACUCAACUAUUUCCCGACAGUUUAAUAUCGCACUGCAGUGAAGUUACCAGUUUUUGGGCACCCUGUCUCUGCACAUUGGAAAUGUGCAUAGGCUGGUAUCCAUGCGGUUUGAAGUACUGCAAGGGAAAACCGGAUCAAUCCAUGGGUAAUGGUCAGAAUGUAGCAAAUUAUCGAUGUGGCAUUAAAACAUGUCGUAAAUGUACUCAAUAUGUGUACUAUGUGCGGCAAAAACAGCAGUGCCUUUGGGAUGAAUGACGAGUGCUGAAUUUGUUGCUCGAUAAUUCUUCACCAUUGCAAACUGUUGUUGCCAAUCGAAUAAUAGCAACAAUAGUAGAAUCUCAGAGAAAGAUUAUCGAUCGACAACUAAGCUAUAACUAUCAAGAUUACUUUCUAGUUAGACACUACCGUUCUACCUAUCGACUUCACCGACAUUACCGGUAUCAACCUUUUCUUAAACUAUUUACCACUCAAUCGCUGCCAGCCUUGAUAAUAAUUUUAAGCAUAUUUUUUAUACCAAAAAAGUUCAUAGACAAAAUUAUUAAAUGAAGAAAAGCAAUUCAAA